UAUCUCCCACAAAUCUCUCUCGAUAUCUCCUACAAAUGUCUCUUGAUAUCUCAUGCAAUUCUCUAUCUCCCAAGUCUUCCAUCUUGUCAGUUACAGUCCAGCGCGGCCAGGAUGCAUCUCGCAAAAGGUACUCUUGAGCUGGUCACACGGCCAAUGAGCGCGGUCAUCCAAGACACUGCCGCACCCCACGCGCCCGUCCCCAACCCUCACCAGUACCCAUCACCCGCCCAAAUCCUCGAACACCACCUUCGUCCUCCCGAGCUGCAGCCACCGUCAACAUCAUGCAGGCACAAACAACUGCCACCCUGUCUCAUAUCGCCCGGCUGCGGGAGCGCUACACACGACCGUGUGCCUCGCACGCUCUGCAAGUGACGUCCCCAAGUGAUGCAGACGACGUAUAUACGCCCACCCGGACGCCAUCAUGGCUGCCAUCUUCUGCAGGGUUUGGAGCCCUCACCGUCGUCUGACUGCUGAGCGUUAAGUAUCGCG